AUGCUCCCUGAGGGCAUGAAACGAUUCAAGUUCAUUGGGACUGUAGUAAUGGCUGGAAUAGGUUGUUUUCAAUUCUUGACGAGCAGUGAAGCAAGCGCCAAAGGACCUAUCGAAAGCAUCCCAAAGGCAACUACCUACCACGCACCACCUCCGGGAGUGGACUAUUCCACCAAUCCUUCGGUAUUUGGACAAAUAUUGAGCGGCAAAUUACCGGCUCGUACUUUAACAGAGACCACCAAUCUCUUGGCGUUUGAAGAUCGAUCUCCAGCUGCGGAAUUGCACGGAUUGGUCAUUCCCAAACGAUACAUUGAAUCCGUCUUUUCCUUGGAUUCACAAUCGCGAACAGAUAUCGAGUUGGUACAAGAAAUGCAUCAAAUGGGACUGUCGUUGAUUGAAGAAUACCAUCCCGAGGCACUGGCUAGUGGCGAUUACACUCUCUGCUUUCACAUUCCACCCUUUACAUCCGUUGAUCAUUUGCAUCUGCAUGUCUUGGCACCUGCCUCGUCCAUGUCGUGGUGGUAUGGGUCGGUCAAGUACAAAUGUCCCAAGCGGUGGUGUGUCAGUGACAUGACCGUAUUGGAACGAUUGCAAGAAGGCAAACCAGCUGUGCCCUACAAUAAACCAUUCAAGAUCUUUCCCACUCGGUGA